ACCAACAGCCCAUGCCAUGGGAUGCCUCCUGUGCGUGUCCCGCUCUGCCGUGGCUGGGCUAUUCCUGGAGAAAUAUGGCUACUUUGGGAAGCAGGGGCCCAGCACACACAGUCCUGAUGAGUUCACGGAUGCACUGAGGGACUUCCAGCGGGUGACCCACCUCCCGCUCAGCGGGGUCCUGGAUGCCCCCACGCUCCAUCAGAUGUCUUUGCCGCGGUGUGGCACUGGUGAUGGGGAGAGCCGCGCUGCAGGGACACGAUGGGCAUCCACCACCCGGCGCCACAGGCGCACCACACAGCACGGCGGGAGGUGGUACAAGCGGCACCUGACGUACCGGGUGGUGAACUGGCCCCCGUACCUGCCGCAGCACGAGGUGCGCCUCGCCGUCAGAGCCGCCUUCGAGCUCUGGAGCAACGUGUCCUCGCUGGUGUUCUGGGAGGUGCGGGACGGCCCGGCCGACAUCCGCCUCACCUUCUUCCAUGGGGACCACAACGAUGGGCUCAACAAUGCCUUCGAUGGACCAGGAGGUGCCCUGGCUCACGCCUUCUUCCCCCGGCGUGGUGAAGCUCACUUUGACAGCGCCGAGCGCUGGUCCCUGCACAGUGGCAAAGGGCGCAACCUCUUCAUCGUGGUGGCACAUGAGGUCGGGCACACGCUGGGGCUGGAACACUCCCCCGUCAAGAGCGCCCUGAUGUCUCCCUACUACAAGAAGCUCAGCAAGGAUUUUGUCCUCAGCUGGGAUGACAUCUUGGCUGUGCAGAACUUGUAUGGGAAGCCAUCCAAGGGCUUGGCCAUCCAGCUCCCAGGAAAGGUCUUCACUCACUUCCAGGACUGGAGCGCAGAUCCUUACGAUGGGGACCGGCAGCAGAGGAGCCUCAGAGCCUAUUACUGCCUCUCCUUCUUUGAUGCCAUAACUGCUGAUGCAGAUCACAACAUCUACAUCUUCAAGGGCAACCACUACUGGAUGGUGCCGGUGAAUGGCAACACCAGCGACCCGCAGCCCCUGCAGACACGCUGGCCUGGCCUCCCUGCUGGUAUCGAUGCCUCUGCCUGGUCCCAGCACAGCGGCAAGUUCUACUUCUUCAAAGGAGGGAGAUGCUGGCGCUACGCAGGCUCCACGUUGGAGGUGGGUUUCCCACAGAAGUGCAGCGCCCGCGGGCUCCCGCGGCACCCGGACACCGCGCUGCACUUCCAGCAGCUCCGGCGCAUGGUGCUCUUCAAGGGACCCAAGUACUUCGUGGUGAGCGAGGAGCCCCUCGCCCUGGAGCCCUACUACCCGCGCAGCCUGCGGGACUGGCAGGGCCUGCCCUCGGGCACGGCGGGUGCCCUCACCCACCGCGACGGCUCCAUCUACUUCUUCAGGGAUGAGCAAUACUGGCAGUUCCACCCGGAGAAGCUGCAAGUGGUGGCCACCGGCAAAUGGGCCGCAGAGCUGCCCUGGAUGGGCUGCUGGGAUGCCAAUGGUGGGCAGGUCCUCUUCUGAGCUGGACAAAACAGGGGUCUGAACCCCAUCUCGCUCACCACUGCCUGCAUCCCUCUUCAUGUGACUGAAUGGGAAUGGUUUGGAGGAGAGCAGCAGGUCGGGGCUGGAUGGUGGAGCAGUGCCCCGGUGCAGUGGGGAUGGAGCCGUCAGCCCCAGCGGCUCUGCUGUGGACAAAGGCUGGAGGCUUUGAGAGACAAUAUUGUUUAAGACUGCAAAAAAAGGGUAUAAGCCAUGAGACUGCAACACCCCUUUCUGUGAAGGGUCAGGGUAUCACUGUGCAUUUGUCUUCCACUUUGGGACUGGGGUUUGUUGAUCCUUUAACUCAUUUUCCCUUGACCAGGCAAAGUGCCUCACCAUUGCUUGGUUUGAGCCUUGGGUGGUGUUAAAUAAGAGCCUUGAGAAUGUUUCCUGGUUACAAUAGAAAAGAAAAGAGGCAUUUGGACAAAC